UGUUAUCUACGUAUGAUUUGAAUAAAUUGAUGAUUGCCAUCUCCAAAACCUUUUAUGAAGAUUAAUGGUUACGUUACCUUAUUUUGAGUUUCGAUACGAUGUUAAAGGUAACAGUAGACCUUUUCUUUUCAGGUGACAAAGGACUUCUAAAGGCGCCGCGGCGUCGGGCCAACAUCCAGCUACUUCUGAGUAGCACGAACGUUAUACCGUUUAGGUGGAAAAACUUAUUUAUGUGCUUCUACUGCGGUAAACACACUAACGAGCCGUCCGAGCUAAGGAAGCACACAGAAUCGCACGGUAACCCUUGCUUGCUCAUGAAAUUCCGCGGUACAGAAACUGCUAUAAAGCUGGAUAUAUCCAACCUGACUUGCAAGCUCUGCAAAACACAAUUCCUGGCUUUAGACGAUGUUAUAGACCAUCUAGUCGCAGAGCACGAGGUAAACUACACAAGGGAAAUAUUCACGUAUAUGCAACCGUACGAUCUGGCCCGAAGCAAGUGCCCGGAAUGUUCGGAGAGCUUCGUGUAUUACUCUUUUCUGAUUAAACACGUCGAAGAAGCGCAUCCUCCGAAAAAUUUCAUAUGCGCCUGGUGUCAGAGCGAAUUUUCCUCGGAGGGUUAUUUGGAAACGCACAAAUUAGACGUGCACGAAGAGUACAAGACGAAUAAUGGUAUAAUGACUAUAGUCAACAAGUCUACCGCGACGCCCUUCGAGGGGUAUUACGAUGGAAAAUUCAACUGCUACAGCUGUACCGAAUCGUACAAAGAUUUUGGCGAUCUUCGUGACCAUCACUUGGCAAACCACAGCGAGUUUACCGUCGAGGAAUGCUCCCAAAAACCAUUAAGUUUGGAGACAUCAGACUUAAAAUGCCGGGAAUGCUCAUCGUCCCAUGACGACGUCAAAACUUUCGUGGAGCAUUUGAAGUCGGUUCACGAAAUCGAAAUAUCUGAAGCCGCUGUGGAAGUGAAGCAAAUAAAGAUUGACAAGUCUCUGACGUUCACUUGUUGUAUGUGUGACGAGUCGUUUGACAAGUUUAUGCUUCUGACUCGACACUUGGAAGAGCACAGUCGUGCUAUGCUAUGCGACUUCUGUGGUGCACAAAAUAAUCGGCAUAAAAAAAGUUGCAAGUCGCGCGGGAAGGCUAAAGCUAAGAAAAUUCCCCAAAAUGUAGAGCCUGAUAGUACGGAUGCCGAUGAAAGUGAGGACAGCCAAAAAAGCGAAAAAUUGCUGGUGCCUGAAGAAGUUGUUUGCAAGAAAAAGAAGACGAAUUAGAUGUAAAAUUCGUCGUAGAAAGUAAAAUCUGCGUAUUUAGACAAAAAGGCAGAUUUGACGAUAAAGAAUUUCGAAUUUAAAAAGUCCCUUCGAUCUAUCCAAAAGACUGUGUUGUAUUAAUUUAACUAUCAUUUUUAACAUUGACUAUGUUAUAUUUAUAUUUUUAUACUCUUCUAUAUUCUGAUUGACAAUUCACAUCUCCCAUACGUUCGUGAUUAACAUUUUCUAUCGUCCCGAUUUAUUUUGUA